AUGGACAUGCGGCUGGAAGGAAAAUAUCCUCUCAAAGAAGCAUCAGUCAUUGCUCAGCUUGCUAUCAGAUGUCUUCAGGCUGAGCCCAAAAUCCGGCCGUCCAUGAAAGAACUUGCUGAGACAUUGGAACAGGUUGAAGCACGCAAGUAUAAGAUGGACAUGCGGCUGGAAGGAAAAUGUCCUCUCAAAGAAGCAUCAGUCGUUGCUCAGCUUGCUAUCAGAUGUCUUCAGGCUGAGCCCAAAAUCCGGCCGUCCAUGAAAGAACUUGCUGAGAUAUUGGAACAGGUGGAAGUAAGGAGUGUUUUGAGACAUAGCAUGGCUGAGUCUGCAGUGUCGAUUGUGGUGCAAACGCUUGUAGACUUGCUUCUUCAAGAAGCAGCUUUCUUGGAUGGAGUGAGCGAGGAGGUUUAUGGCAUGCAAGUUGAACUGCUGAGGAUGCAAUCUUUUUUGAAAGAUGCAGACAGAAGACAAGAUGAAGACAAGACCGUUAAAAAUUUGGUGUCUGAAAUCAGAGAAACUGCUUAUGAUGCUGAAGAUAUCAUCGAAGAGUUUGCACUCAAAAUUGCUUUAAGGAGGAGAUCGGGUAUGGUGAAUGUUAUGAAGAGGUAUGCCACUCUUGCUAAAGAAACUAUAGAGCUUCAUAAUGUUGGAAAUGAGAUGCAAAUUCUCAAGAACAGGAUUUCUAACCUCACUAGAAGCUUGGAAACAAAUGGGAUAAUGCCAAGAAGUGGUGAUUGGAGUUCUACAUCAGGGAGGCAACAGCGGCAGUUAAGGAGGUCAUACUCACAUAUUGUUGAAGAGGAUAUUGUUGGGUUAGAGGAAGAUGCGAAGAUUUUGACAGAGCAAUUGGUGAACAGUAAUGGGAUUGUAGCCAUCUGUGGAAUGGGAGGGUCAGGGAAGACGACACUUGCCAAGAAGGUGUAUCAUAGCAGUAAGGUUAGACAUAAUUUUGAGGCUUUCGCUUGGGCUUAUGUAUCUCAACAAUGUCAAGUAAGGGAGGUCUGGGAAGGAAUCUUGUUUAAGCUCACUAAUCCUUCUAAGGAACAGAGGGAGGGGAUUGCUAGUUGGAGGGAUGACGAGUUGGUGAAGAGGCUUUAUCAAGUCCUACUGGAGAAGAAAUGUUUGGUAAUUCUUGAUGAUAUUUGGACCAUACCAACUUGGAAUAAUCUGUGUCCUGCUUUUCCUUAUUGGAAAACUGCAGGCAGUAAAAUAUUGCUCACCACUCGCAAAAUGGAUGUGGCUUUGCAUCCAGAUCCAACAUGUUUCCUCCAUGUUCCACCCCAGUUGAAUGAUGAAGAGAGCUGGGAAUUGUUCAAAAAGAAAGCAUGUAUUGAAGAAAAUUAUCCAGACUCUAGAAUUAGAGCAGAAAUAGAGAGGCUGGGAAGGGAAAUGGUUGGAAGGUGUACAGGUCUACCGUUGGCCAUCAUUGUGCUUGGAGGACUUUUGGCAAAUAAGAAGACUAUCUAUGAGUGGGAUGUGGUUCGGCAAAAUAUUAUUUCCCACUUGAGGAGAGGCAAAGGCGACGAACAGCUCUUAGGAGUAACUGAGGUGCUAGCCUUAAGCUAUCAUGAAUUGCCAUAUCAGUUGAAACCAUGCUUUCUUCAUCUGGCCCAUUUCCCAGAAGAUUGUGAGAUACCAACAAAGAAAAUCAUACGAAUGUGGGUUGCUGAGGGUUUUAUAACAAGUGUGCACAAUGGAGUGGAGGAAGAAACUAUGGAGGAUGUGGCUCAUCGUUAUUUGGGCGAGUUGGUCGAGAGGUGUAUGGUUCAGGUGGUAGAGAGGGGCACAACAGGAAAGAUUAGAACUUGUCGCAUGCAUGAUCUUAUGAGAGACCUAUGCUUAUCCAAGGCAAAGGAGGAAAAUUUUCUUGAGGUUUUCAAACAGUCGCAUGUAAGUGACCACUUUGUGAGUGAAGCAAGGUCAAUGGGUAGACUUCGCAGGCUAGCAGUUGUUUUCGAUGGAGAUCUUCAUAAAUUUAUCCCUUCAGGAUACAAAAGAAAUUCCCACCUCAGGUCCCUUUUGUAUUUUCAUGAAAAAGCAUGGCAUGUAGAGAAAUGGGAAUCAAUAAAAUCUGUGUUCGACAACCUCAGGUUACUCAGAGUGUUGGAUCUCGAAGGACUUCAGAGUCAUGGUGGAAAAUUGCCAAAAGAAAUUGGAAAGCUAAUCCACUUGAGAUUCUUGAGCUUGAGAGAUACUGAUAUAGAUGAGCUGCCAUCUACAAUAGGCAACUUGAGGUACUUGCAAACUCUAGACCUAUUGACUUGGAAUUCAACUGUACAAAUUCCUAACGUCAUAUCGAGACUGCAACGGUUGAGACACCUGUAUCUUCCUGAGUCCUGUGGUGAAGAUUCUGAUAAAUGGCAAUUAGCCAAUCUGGUCAACCUGCAGACACUUGUGAACUUUCCUUCAGAGAAAUCUGAUGUAACUGAUCUGGUAAGAUUGUUAAAUCUUAAGAAACUAUUGAUAGAUGAUCCAAUGUUUGGGGCAAUCUUCAAAUCCCCUCGUGUAAAAUUUAACCGGUUGCAGUCGCUGUCUUUUGUAAGUAACGAAGAUUCAACAGUCGUUCAAGUUAUACAAGGAUGCCCUAAUCUUUAUAAGCUGCAUAUUGAAGGGCAGAUAGAGAAGCUGCCAGACUGUCAGCAGUUCUCUGGAAACCUUGCCAAAUUGAACCUGCUGGGAUCUAAACUCACAGACGACCCAAUACCAACACUGGAGAAGUUGCCAAACUUGAGAACUCUGCGCUUGCAAAUGGAUUCAUUUCUUGGGAGCAAAAUGGUUUGCUCGGACAGGUGUUUUCCUCAACUGAAGUAUCUGUUCCUUUACGACUUGCCAAACCUAGAAGAGUGGGAGGUUGAGGAAGGAGCCAUGGCUAAUCUUUUCCAUCUAGAGAUAUCGAAUUGUACAUCUUUGAAGUCGGUCCCCGAAGGACUAAGGUUCGUUACCAGUCUCCGUGAAAUGGAGAUCCGGUCAAUGCUUAAGGCAUUCAGAACAAGGCUUGAGCCUGGAGGAGAGGAUUACUACAAAGUCCAACAUGUGCCUUCCAUUGCGUUUCGGUAUUGUGAUUACUAA